CCUCUUGUUGUGAAAGAACUUGGAACAUUCUCUGUUGGGAAUUCUGGAGCUAUGACGACUCCUUCUACCUUCAGCCUAAGAAGGACUGUGAUGAAUCACGUUGUCUCAUUUUUAAAGAGAAAAAAAUAUGUCUCUUUUACAGUUAAGCAGCAGAAAGCCAGGCCUUGGAGAAUUUUAAAUCUCCCAUCAUUUUUACUUGCCAGUUUUACUGGCUGUCUGACCUAAGCUUCUUCUUUCUUCUUCUUUUUUUUUUUUUUUUCAAUUGCUUUCAGAUCUCUUUUUUCUUCCUCUCUUAGAGUUACUUACAUUUCAAGAAGGAGAAAGCAUAGCUGGUUGUACUCUUGUAUGUUAUCAGACAUGAAUAGCAUAACCAUCAUUCUUCUUGCCUGGUUCAUGGCUCUGGUCUAUUCCCACAUUGUUAUGGAAGAGAAAACGGAGAGGAUCAAUGCUGAAAGUGCUGUUCGACUUUCUGAGCUCCUUCCACCAAUAUCCAUUGUAGAUUUAACAAAGACAUCCCGAAGAGUGAGCAGGGUGGAUGCAGAAAGAAAUAAACUGGCCAAGCGGAAAGCCAUUCCUAAAAAGAAAAUUCGUCCACCCCCAUCGCCAAACUGCGUACCUCUUCAGUCCAGCUGCAAACCUCCGGCACCGCCUUGUUGUGAGCCCUGCGCAAUCUGUUACUGCCACCUCUUCAAAACGGUCUGCUACUACAAGAUGGGCUACCCGUACUGCUGAUAGGACAUCAUGUGCCCCUGCACACAUUGGAACACUAUGAACAGUCCCUCUUGGUAAAACGGAUGUCCAGCGAUAUCUCUGUACAAACUUUAUCACCAUUGUUGCAGCUUAUGUCACUUAUUUCAGUAUUUAUUAUAAGAACAGCCAGAAAUACCCCUACAAAUUUAUUUUCUCUUCAUUGUUGGCAGUAGGUGACCCAGUUCAAUACAAUUGGGCAGCCACAGUGAUGUCCAGGCCUAAAAAGAAUAAGUAUGUUUAACAGCCAACCAAAGGGCUAUUGUAUGUUAGUAUGCUAGUGAUUGUUUGAGACCAACAUGCAUCAAUCAGUUCUUAAAUGCCCACUCUUUCUAUCCAAUUAGAUAUCCAUAUAUUGACCCAUGUAUGAGUUAGUAGCUAUAUGUAAGCUGGUAUAGUCAGAGAACAUCAAAAUCCAAUUUUUCUUACCCAAAAAUCUGCUUGCCUCAAACCUUUUGUUUACAGAUUGAUUGUGCCAUUUUUAGGUUGGCAGAUUAUUUUCGCAUUGGUUGCCUCAAAGGUGUAAUGCCCUGUACACACGAUCGGUCAA